CAGGAAAUUAAACCCAUCCAUCAAGAAAAAGAAAGAAAGAAAGAAAGAUCAUAUUGGCUCCUCCUUCUUCACAAUUUCUUUCUUUCUUUUCUUUUGUUUUCAUGGGAGAUUAUAAUUCCUAAAAAACAACGAAAGAAAGAAAAAAAAACCCACAAGAGGAAAAAAAAAAAAACAAUGAAGAGGAAGAGCGAGCUGCGGCCACAGGCAUUGUUCAAGCUCAUCAACGGCGGCGGUCAGAAAAGAUUCCAGAGCUUCGUCCUGUACGUCCUCCUCUUCGGCUGCGGGCUGGCCUUUGGCGUCACCGUCUGCCUCUACCUCCGCGACAUCUCCUUCUACCUCCGCCUCUACCAAUUCUCCGCCAACAACCCUCCGCCCACCAAACUCUCCUCCUCCUCCGCCGCCGUCAUCAUCCCCUCCUCCUCCUCCUCCACCACGCCGCUCUUCCCCAAAGACGAGCCCGACGCGGCGGAGAAAGAAACAUCAACGUCGUUUUCGCUGGUGUCGCCGUUGAGACCCUUUUUACCGUCGUUCCUGACGCAGUCGAGGACGAGCAUGGGGGACAAGAUGGUCGACGCGGCGGCGGAGGAAGAAGGGAGGAGGAGGAAGAUAAAGUGCACGGUGUGCCACGAGAUGAACGACGAGGAGCUGCUGUGGAGGGCUUCGAUGGUGCCGAGGAUCGUGUCGGUGCCGUUCCGGCGGGUGCCGAAGGUGGCGUUCAUGUUCCUGACGAGAGGGGCGCUCCCCCUGGCGCCGCUGUGGGAGGUGUUCUUCAGAGGGCAUGAAGGGUUGUAUUCUAUUUACGUUCACAACCUGCCUAAUUACAACGACACCGAUCCCCUCGACUCUGUUUUCUACGGCCGGAGGAUCCCCAGCAAGGAGGUUGGUUGGGGUCAACCGUCAAUGAUCGAAGCCGAGCGUCGACUGGUCGCCAACGCUCUCCUCGACUUCGCCAACCAACGGUUCGUCCUCUUAUCAGAAGCAUGCAUCCCUAUCUUCAACUUCACAACGGUCUACAACUACCUCAUCAAGUCAACCCACACCUUCGUGGAGGUCUACGACCUCCAAGGCCCAGUGGGCCGAGGACGCUACAACCCAUGGAUGAAGCCCCAGAUCCAGCUGGACCAGUGGCGGAAGGGCUCACAGUGGUUCGAGCUGGACCGAAAGCUGGCCAUCGAGAUGGUGUCGGACCAGACUUACUUCCCCGUCUUCCAGCUCCACUGCACCGGCCUCUGCUACGGCGACGAGCACUACCUCCCUACCUUCGUCCACAUUAGGUUCGGCCACCGGAACUCCAACCGCACGCUGACAUGGACCGACUGGUCCAAGGGUGGUCCCCACCCGAGCAGCUUCUCCGACCAGGACGUCACACCGCAGCUGCUGGAGGGGAUGAGGAACGGCAGCCAUUGCGUCUAUAAUGGGAGACAAACCAGUUAUUGCUAUAUGUUUGCCAGGAAGUUUAACUCGAAUGCAUUGGGUAGCUUGUUGAGAGUUGCACCGCGCGUCAUGCACUUUUAGGCCCGGAUCGAGGAGCGCUCCAGCAGAGGGAGAUUUGUUUGAUUGUAAUUUGUAAAUAUUACAAUGUGUUUGAUUUGGUAAUAGGUUUGAUCAUAUUUGACUAGUGACCACAAUAUUUUGAGGUGACAAUUAUGUAGUAUAGAUGUGAAUAUGGUUGUUAAUUUCAAAAUUAACAAAAUUGAUAACACUAAAGUCUUUUCCCCUCCGCUUUUUCGUUUGUUGUUAUUUUUUUUAAUAUGAGAU